AUGAAAAUGUCAACGCACGAAGAUGAGGAUCUGGAUCACGACCAAGAAGAAAUCAAUGUUGAUGAUGUGGACGAUGCAGAUUCUAGGAUAUCAUAUGGAAGUAAUGGAUCGGAGAUAGAUUUAGAUGGAAAUGGAAGUUGUUAUGAUGAUUCAGAGACAGUUAUUAGCGAUCAUCACAUACGACGCGAUCAAAUGCGUUCAACAAGUGCAAAUCUUCCAUUUAGUAUAUCACGAUUAUUAUCAAAAUCAAGUAGUAGUGAGAAUCUAAAUAAUCACAAUAAUAACAACAUUGAUAGUGAUAGAAAGAGUGUAGAAAAAGAUUUAAGUGAUUCUGAGAGUGGUAAAUUAGCAUUUAGUAGUAGUGGACUUCAAUAUACAGCGACUGGUGGCAUUUACUCAUAUCCAUUGUAUACAUCAAGCGGUGUUCUUCGUGUGCCGCCACAACGUGGCUAUCCACCACACGCUCUACAUCCUGCAUUUCCUUUACAUCCGGCCGCAGCCUUAGCAUUAAAAGAUAGACUUGCUGAAAUAUACAUGAAAGAGAAGCAUUUCAGAGAAAAUUCAAACCUAUAUUCCUUUCCAAUUGCCCGACGCAUCGGACAUCCAUAUCAGAAUCGAACACCACCAAAGAGGAAAAAGCCACGCACAUCAUUCACCCGCAUACAAGUUGCUGAAUUAGAGAAAAGAUUUCAUAAGCAAAAAUAUUUAGCAUCGGCUGAGCGUGCAGCAUUAGCGAGGGGACUUAAAAUGACAGAUGCACAAGUUAAAACUUGGUUUCAGAAUCGAAGGACAAAGUGGAGAAGACAAACAGCUGAGGAACGAGAAGCUGAAAGGCAAGCGGCAAAUCGAUUAAUGUUAUCAUUACAAGCAGAAGCAUUAAGUAAAGGUUUCGGGGGUCCAUCAUCUGUACCGCAUACAAGCAAUGGUGCACCGCUUGCAGCAUUGCACGGUUUACAGCCAUGGGCACCAUCAGCACCGCCACCUGAGCCACACAGUGUACAGUGA